UUCAAAAAAUAAUUAUAAAACUGUGUUUUUUUUUAGAUUAGAUUUUAAACUAAAAUGUCCACUUGCAAAAAAGAAGAAUUAAUAAAAAAUCUCGAAAAUCAAUUGGGGUUGGCUCGGCGUGAAAUUAACAAUUUACGUAAGCAACUUAAAGCUUUAAGUUUCAUUCAUAAAAAAGAAUGUGAAAAAAUCAAAGAGGAUUUAAAAAAUUGGCGCUGUUUGGGAUGUAAAACCCAAGCAGUGUCGCCAUCACUUCCUAAAAAACCAUCAGAUACUAAUAUAAAAAUGCGAAAUAUUGGUAUAAUUAGAACACAGUUUCCUGAAAAGAGGGGAACCCCCAGACAGCCAACCAUUUGUUCAGAAACAGUCGCUAAAUUAUCACUAAAUAAUGACGUUUUCACCAAUCCGGAGCACACACUGGAGGGUUUGGAGGACUUUUCGCAUAUGUGGAUUCUGUUUCAUUUCCACAAGAACCAAACGGCGCACAAAAAAGCCAAAGUGGCCCCUCCUAGAUUAAAUGGAGACAGAACGGGAGUUUUUGCUAGUAGAUCACCCCACAGACCAAAUCCUAUAGGCUUGUCAUUGGUAAAAAUUGUCAGAAUUGAAGAAAACAAUGUUUAUUUUUCUGGUGUUGACGUUGUUGAUGAAACUCCUGUGUUUGAUAUAAAACCGUACAUUCCUCAAUAUGAUAGCCCCCUUACAGCAGAAAGUGUUAGUGUACCACCCUGGAUUGAUAAUUCGACAGUUAAAACUUUGAGAGUAGUUUUUGAAGAAAGCGCUUUGAUUCAGUUGAAUAACUUCAAAAGAGAUGAUGGGGACAUUAAAGCAGACAUUGAAAAGGUGCUUAGGGAGGAUCCUAGAUCAGUAUACUUAAGGGCAAAGUGGACUGGACACUAUUACACCUUUCGUAUGAGAAAUUUACAAAUCUGUUGUAAAUUUGAUGACCAGUCUCAUAUAGUAACUGUUCAUGAAGUAACAACUUGCGACUGUAACAAUUAAUAACAUGGUUGACUUUUAAAUAAAAAUAUUCUGUAAUA